AUGAUGUCUUCACAGAUAAACCUGGUGAUGACAGUGAUUGGAUUUGCAAUGAGUACCCUGUUCAUAGUGUUUGUAUGUACUAGACUCAUAUGGGCUCGAAUUCAGUUAAAUGCUUCGAGGCGAGCUUUAGCCACGGGUUCUAGAUCUGAUCUUAGCAUUUUGGAGCGGGGUCUGAAUGGCCUUGAGCCUCUCGUGGUGGCCAAUUUUCCCAUUAAGAAGUAUAAAGAUUUGUGCUGGUCUUCAAAAGAAAAUGCUCAGUGUACUGUGUGCCUUGCUGAAUACAAUGAGGAAGAUAAACUACGUAUCCUUCCUAAUUGCGGACAUUCUUUUCAUGCAUCGUGUAUCGACAUAUGGUUGCACAAGCACUCAACAUGUCCUGUAUGUCGAAUUUCACUCAACGAGCUUUCCGAGAGAAAGUGGUUCAUGCAGCCGAUGUUUAGUUCAGCCAUCCGAUCCCGAUACAGCUUGCAAUCUAUCAACACGUGUUAUUGUCAGUGCUUGUCAAAUUGUCACCGGCAUUCAUCGAGAUCCCUUGACAAUCAGAUGCUGGACCCCACCCAGGAACUUCAACGUCGGUCUGAGGAUGCAACGGCUUGUUGA